UUAAUGCUAAAGGGAGGAAUGGCUAUACACCAUUACAUUUUGCAUGCGAAAAAGGUCAUUUUGAAGUUGUUAAAGUUUUGACUAAUCAUCCACAAUGUAUUACUGAAGCUGAAGACAAUACUGAUGACAGACCACUACACAAAGCAUGUGAAUCUGGAAAUGUAGACAUUGUACGUCAUCUUGUGAUUGAUAAACACUGUGAUGUUAAUGCUAAAGGGAGGAAUGGCUAUACACCAUUACAUUUUGCAUGUGAAAAAGGUCAUUUUGAAGUUGUUAAAAUUUUGACUAAUCAUCCACAAUGUAAUACUGAAGCUGAAGGCAGUUAUUUGUUUAAUGACAGACCACUACACAAAGCAUGUGAAUCUGGAAAUGUAGACAUUGUACGUCAUCUUGUGAUUGAUAAACACUGUGAUGUUAAUGCUAAAGGGAGGAAUGGCUAUACACCAUUACAUUUUGCAUGUGAAAAAGGUCAUUUUGAAGUUGUUAAAAUUUUGACUAAUCAUCCACAAUGUAAUACUGAAGCUGAAGACAGUUAUUUUAAUGACAGACCACUACACAAAGCAUGUGAAUCAGGAAAUAUAGACAUUGUACAUCAUCUUGUGAUUGACAAACACUGUGAUGUUAAUGCUAAAGGGAGGUAUGGCUAUACACCAUUACAUUUUGCAUGUGAAAAAGGUCAUUUUGAAAUUGUUAAAAUUUUGACUAAUCAUCCACAAUGUAAUACUGAAGCUGAAGACAAUUCUAAUGACAGACCACUACAUGAAGUAUGUGAAUCAGGAAAUGUAGACAUUGUACGUUAUCUUGUGAUUGAUAAACACUGUGAUGUUAAUGCUAAAGGGAGGAAUGGCUAUGCACCAUUACAUUAUGCAU